CAUUGUUUGCUACAAACAUCAUUAACAAUUAUUCAGAAAAGUUAGCCGCCUGUUCGACUGAGCAUCUCAAACUAAAGACUGUUUUGAUAUUCUUGGCAUUUCCAUGGAGUCGGAAGCGAAUACGGGAUGGGACGAUUGCUCACAUAUCCUGUCUAGCGAAUCACAGGCAGAGUGGUUCUAUUGGCUGAUCUCAAACCAAGUGUCUAGUAUCACAGAAUGUCUCUCAAGUAGCAACUCUCAGCAGAGGAGAUUUUGGAUCAGCUUGGAGCUACCGAUCACUGGAUCGACAGUUCUGCACCAAGCUGCUCAGAUGGUUAAUCUGGACCUGGUAGCCAAGAUAAUGAACUGGAAAUGCGGUGCAAACUUCUCCAGGAAAAAUAAGUUAGGCGAAACGCCUCUUCAUAUGCUGGCCUUAGCCAGGGGGUACCCUUCAGCACGGAAACAAAUAUUGGCCAAAGUGAUGUUGGGCUGUGAGAGUAGUCAUCUCAACCCCCUAACACGAGACAUAUGGGGGAGGAGAGCAGUGGAUCUCCUGCCACCAGAGGAGUACCAUUUAACUAACAAUGACCCAGUUGGGGCAGUCUCAGAUUCUGUGGUGGUCAAUAAUGCACAAAGCGGCGCAACUGAUACAACCAAAUUUUUGCCUACACUUGAACAACUGUUAUCAUCGACAGGGGGAUCAACUUCUUCACAUAUUGAUACUUCUCAAAGAGAAUCUUCAGCAUCUAGUCCUCAUAUUGUGCAAAUGGAAGUUCAAAGUACUGCAAUCUACUUGCAUCCACGUCCAAAUUACCCAACUCACAAUGAACUUGAUGACAUUGAGUCUCCUCCUCGCACUACAUUUGCAGACAAUCAGCAAAACAAUACUUCCCCACUCCUGAAAUACAAAAGCUUCUUGCCGAUCUUGGUAAGCGGAUUCGCUUUGAAGAUAAGGGCAUUCUCGAAUGAAUUUGGGGAACAAAACUUCACGUUGAUGAAAAAGCGACAACCAAAGAACAAUAUGUGUAGUUCUGGAACUGCUUCAAGGUCGACAGCCAAGCAUAUCGACCUAAAAGUACACUCUGAUCGGGAACAAAUUCGCUCCGGGUGUUUUCUGAAUAUUCCCGAUGAUGACGGAACAGCACUGAUGGUCAUCCAAAUUGACGACGACCCAGACGAAGAGAAUCCCAAGUCAGACGAUGCUCCAAUGUCAAAAAGAGACAAGUUUAAGCGAAAGAUCAGUGAGAUGAGCACUUCGAAAAAUAACAAAGGUAACAAAAUCAGUGAGAGGUUCCCCCAGAAGUCCCAACAGAAACGACAGAGGGCACGCCUUGAAAGCGUUCUUCAGCCUCAACCAAUCUACUACACAAAGUGUCAAAUUCCGCCGAUGAACCGAAGUUCCAGAAGCCGGUUUCUGGAACCAGAUGAUUCACGUGACUUGGAUUUGUCGAACGACAACGAAGAGGACUACGAAAAGAUAUCGAGUAGCUUCGAUUUCUCUGAAUCGCUCGAGCACAGCGGCAACAUGGGCCUGAAUGAAAAGAAAAGAUCGAACGCCGAAAAAUUCAAAAGCACCUUUAAGAAUAUUAUAAACUAAGUUCCUUGAUUUAAAAAUAAUUGAGGAUCAUUUGAAUUUGAAUUGAGGCACCUUUGAGGGUUGAAA